ACUGGGCAGAGUUACCAGGAACCAGCAACAACAAUGGGAGGAAUUGGAAAGAAAAGAUCAAAGAAAAGAACCCAUCUUAAAAAUGAUGCUACUGCUUCUGGACAGAGUAUUCCGAAGUCGAUGGUUAUUCGUACCGGAGCAUCAGAAGUUGGCAAAAGUUUGUCUUAUCUAACUCGCGAUAUUCGACACAUGAUGGAACCCCACACGGCAAUUCGUUUAAAGGAACGUAGAAGCAAUAAGCUGAAAGAUUACAUAACCAUGGCUGGUCCAUUGGGUGUUACACAUCUUCUUGUUUUGUCAAGAACCGAAAAAAGUCCGUACUUGCGUUUCAUCAGAACACCACACGGUCCUACACUUCACUUCCGUGUUGUAGAUUACAUGCUGAGCAAGGAUUUGCGUCGUAUGCAGAAAAACCCGAAAUCUCCUACUACGGAAUAUCUUACUCCUCCUUUGCUUGUGAUGAAUCACUUCAACACAAAGUCUUCUAAGGAAGCUCCCCAUGAAGCUUUGAUGAGUACUAUGUUCCAAAACUUAUUUCCUCCAUUGUCUGUGCAGAGUGCGAACAUCAAUUCCGUGAGACGUGUUAUGCUCUUGAACCGUAGAGAGGACGGUUUAAUUGAUGUUCGCCACUACAUCAUUACAAUGAAACCCGUUGGACUUUCUCGGCCAGUCAAGCGUCUUGUAAAGGCACAACAGAACCCAGGCAAUAUGCCUGAUUUGCACUCCGUCCAAGAUAUUUCCGACUUCGUCUUGAAGGGUGAGGGUGCUUCUGGUAUGGCCAGUGACUCGGAGGUUGAUGAGGAUGCUACCGUUGAGGUGGAUCGCCCUGCUUUACCUUCAUCUCUUGGCGACUUGGGCGACAUUGAUGCAUUGAAGCCGCGUCAACAAGCAGUGAAACUUGUUGAAGUUGGUCCUCGCAUGACCCUCGACUUGGUCAAGGUCACCGAGGGUGUGUCUGACGGAAAAGUCUUAUACCACAAGCUGGUGCAGAAGACAGAGAAGGAGUCCGCGGAGCUUGAAAAGCUGCACGUCGAGCGCCGUGCUUUGAAGGAAAAGCGCAAACGUGAACAAGCUGCCAACGUUGAGCGUAAAAAGGCAAGCAAAAAACGCAAAGAGUCCGAUGUUCACCAGGAUAAACCUGCUGAGGAUUUCGGUUCAGAUGCAGAGGCAGAAUCUGAUGAGCCAUCCGGAGAGGAUUCCGCCUAAGCUCGUCGAAGUCAAAUCUGUUGGCUUAAAAAUAUAAAAGUGGAUUUUUGGUGUCGUUAAUUUAACGCCUUUAAAAUAAUAGGCAGCAUUUGAUAGAAAAAUGUAUUCG